AUGACUUCCACACACACCUUCCAGGGCCUGGAGGCCGACAGCAAGCCCAGCUCUAGAGUGUUGAAGCCACCAGGAGGUGGAUCAAGCUGCAUUUUUGGUGGUCCUGAAGAGGCUUUGGUUUCAAGCCGACAGCACAAGAUGGCCUCCAAUAUAUUUGGAUCAGCUGCAGAGCCUGAAAAUGUACCAAAGAGGUCCAACCCUCCAGGUGGAAAGACAAGUGGUAUAUUCCAGGAUUCAGGACCUGCACGGGUAACCCCAAAGCAGAACCCACCAGGAGGAAAGACCAGUGGUAUUUUCCAGGAUUCAGGACCUGCACAGGUAGCACCAAAGCAGCAGAACCCACCAGGAGGAAAGACCAGUGGUAUAUUCCAGGAUUCAGGACCUGUGCAGUCAGCACCAAAGCAGAACCCACCAGGAGGAAAGACCAGUGACAUUUUUGGUGAAGCACAACUAACAACAAGUCCCAAGGCACAUCCCAAUAAACCAAAGGACAACAUUUCUUUAAAACAACCAGAAGUUUCCGCCUCUACCAAACCAGUGAAGGCUGAAGUGAAAGCGGAAAAACCGCCUCCUCCACCUCCAGCUCCGACACCAGAACCAACGCCAGAAGUAAAGACACCCGUGGCCAAAGAAGAGAAGAAGGUUGUGAUGCCAGAAAUAGACAUUUCCAGACAUGAGCCUCACCUAGGCCCCCGGCCACGCUCCCACAACAGAGUCCUGAACCCACCAGGGGGCAAAUCCAGUGUCACCUUCUAUUAA